CGGAAACGUUGGACGGUGUAGCGGUGUUAUUGGUCCUACAUAAUGCUAAUUCGGGAUUUGGCUAACUAGAUAACUAACAUUAUUAGAUUUCGUUAUUUAUUUUAAUUUUCCCUUAUGUACGGUAUCUGAAAUAUGGAUUCUUUAGAUCACAUGCUGACAGAUCCCUUAGACACAGGGAUGGACUACGAUGGCUGUGUGAUGGAGGAAUGCAUGUUGGGGAACUGCAGAGUUCGGAUACCAGAAGAUUUUCUAGAAGAUCCAGAGAUUUUCUUCUCUGUGAUGAGUGAAAGCACUUGGUCUGAGGUUCUGACUGAUUCCCAGAGACAACACCUCCGUCAGCUCCUGCCGCACUUUCCAGAGAAUAACUCUUCAGAACAGGACAGGGUCAUUAGUGACCUAUUCAAUGACCAGAACUUUUUCUUUGGAAACCCAUUACAUAUUGCUCAGAAGCUAUUUAGAGAUGGCUACUUUAACCCGGAAGUUGUUAAGUAUAGGCAGCUCUGUGCAAAGUCACAGAAAAAGCGUCAAAUCUACUGUCUCCAGCAGUACUACCACAAUUUGCUUAAGCAAAUUCUUGUCUCCAGAAAGGAGUUGUUGGAUAUGGCUGUUCGCAGUGGACCAGAGCUAGCAUUGAAACGGCGUUACCCUCCUCCUUCUAACAGAGAGGAGCGAGAGCAGCGUGUGAGGCGCAGAGUGAACUGUAUACUGCGUGAGGUGAAAUCUGAGUGUGGGGACAGCAACGUGUCUUCUGAUGAAGACGACACGGCGUCUUGGCUGUCAGCGCCUCCUUCCCCAUCAUCUCCAACACAAACGGUCUCUCUCAGGGUUUUGCCCAGUCUUUCCACCCAGGACAUGAAAACUAUAGAUAAGCCAGAGCUGGGAGAGAAGGAUUUAAAAGCCAUGCUGAGAAGACACAAAGAGAAGAGGAAACGACAACCGGAUCAUCCUGCCUUGAUGACAUCAGACUUGCACCUUGGUGACGUCAUGUCGCGGGUUAAUAUAGGCAGAAAAGGAUCCAGUAUAGCCUUAAUUGACUUGGCCUUGUCUAAGAAGAAGAUCAGAGAAGAGAAAAGGAGGAAAAAGAUGCGACCCAUUAAAACUGAAUCCGAUGACGGUUGUGAGGGUCAAACACCAGCAGCAUCAUUGUCUGCCACUGUUAGCGACAGCACACCUGUUCUCCUGCAGAGUGUUAAGGAAGAAGCUAUGGAGGAGUCCCAGAACAGCCCUGAUUUAGUGGAGGAAAUAGCUAUUAGCUUCUUCCAUCUGCUUGAAGAAAUCCUAAGACCGGACAGUCUUACAUCUUCACUGAUUGAGGAGAAGGUACAGCAGUGGCAGGCCUCUGCUGCUAGUGCACUCAACCCUUGGUUCUCCAUGGCCCCUUGUUGGUCAGAGUUAGUAGUACCUGCGCUACAGUUCCUAGCUGGGGAGAGCAAGUCUGGAUCUAUGGCUCUACCUAGUGGCUUCAUUCCGUAUGUGGAAUUUAUAGAGCUCACACAGCAGUGGAAAUGGAUUGGAACCACUCAGGACAGUGAAAAAGAUCUCAAUGCUCUUUGCAUGCUUUGGCUGGAGUCAAAGGAUCAAGUUGUAGUCAAGCAAGAAGGGGAAGAAGCAGCAGAACUGACUCCUCCAGCUCCGAGAGUAUGGACUGAUUAUGUGGUGAGGCCCAGUACAGGAGAGGAGCGUCACGUUUUUCAAGAGCAGGAGCAGCGACGCUAUGAUCAGCCUCACAAGGCCUACACCUUCCGCAUGCACGGCUUUGAGUCUGUGGUGGGGCCGGUCAAGGGAGUUUUUGAUAAGGAGACUUCCCUCAACAAAGCCCGAGAGCACUCGCUGCUGCGUUCUGACCGCCCAGCUUACGUCACCAUCCUCUCACUGGUGCGGGAUGCAGCUGCCAGACUUCCCAAUGGUGAAGGCACUCGAGCUGAGAUAUGCGAGCUACUUAAAGACUCCCAGUUUUUGGCUCCUGAUGUCACCAGUGCACAGGUGAAUACAGUUGUUAGCGGUGCUCUCGACCGCCUGCACUAUGAGAAGGACCCAUGCGUGAAAUACGACAUUGGCCGCAAACUGUGGAUCUACCUGCACCGAGACCGGAGUCAAGAGGAGUUUGAAAGGAUCCAUCAGGCUCAAGCAGCUGCAGCCAAGGCACGGAAAGCUCUGCAGCAGAAACCCAAACCAACCCCCAAGCCCAAGUCUGGAAACAAAGAAGCAGCUGUGAAGGGCAGUGCGACAGACGGCCAAAGCACAGCACCAGAAACGAUUUCUAUGCCUGCUGUCAGCUUACCUCAGCCCCCAAGCACACCAACGCCAAGCACCCCAGGCACACCAAAAUCUCCACUACCCCCUACUGUGUCUACACCCACCAAAGCAGCCAUGCCAGAUUCAGUCAAAACCAGUCCUAGCGUCCUGCUGGUGUCUCCUCCCUCCAUGCCACAACUGGGCACUUUGCUGUCUGCCGCUCAAGUCGCUCCUCAGUCCUCCCAGCAGGCCUCAGUGCAGCCAGCAGCUCGAGUGGUGGCUCAUUCUGCUUCAACAGGGUCUUUGCCACAGGUGCGCGUAGUUACUGCUCAGCCUGGCCUUCCUGCUGCUUCUGCAGGCCAGGCAGCCACACUGAUCCACCACCAGACCCCCCACCAUAUCAGACUGCCUGUCAGUGUGGCACACACUAAGGGCAUGGCCCAGACUGUGGUAACACUGCCUUUGAGGAGCCAAACAACAGGAAGCCCUAUCCAGGUGCAAGCGUCAAGAGCUCAAACUAGCAUCUCUGUGCCAGGCCUGGCUUCUGCUGUUGCUGUCAGUAAAGCUCAGAGCAGUUCCCCUGGAAGCCCUGCUCCAAACGCUCCAUCUCCUGCAGUGCUGCAAGGGGUCACCAGCCAGAACAUUAUCAAACAAGUUGCUAUUACAGGUCAGCUGGGUGUGAAAGCCCAGAACCCAGCAGGCAUUCCACUGACUGCCACCAACCUUAGAAUUCAGGGUAAAGAUGUUCUGCGCCUACCGCCCUCUUCAAUCACCACUGACGCUAAAGGACAGACGGUGCUGCGCAUCACCCCGGACAUGAUGGCUACUCUUAAACUCACCCCUGACAUGCUGACCAGCACCAGCAACACCGCUGCUAAAGGCAUAUCUGCCACCCUGCACGUGUCCCCACAGCAAGUCCCUCCCACUGUUUCACCCAACCCAGUUCCUCCACCCACCGCCGAGGCUCUGACUGCCAAAGCUCCCUCUUCCCUGCCUGCACCAGGUACCGCUACACUGGUGAAGGCCACGUGUGACACAGCUAUCCGUCUCAUGCCAGCUUUGGCGGUCACCAUGGCAGACCCCAAAGCCCGCACCUUCUCCACAGUCACCUCCUCGGACUCGAAAGCUGGUGGAACCACCAUUCGCAUUGUGCCCAGCCUGGGCGUGAUACCACAGAAACAGGGUCAGACGGUUCCAGUCAACACCACUACAAGCGCCAAGCCUGGCACUGCUUCUUUAGGAGCUGCCACGGUUACUAUAGCAACCAGUGGUGUGGCAGCAGCUAAAGGGGUGACAUUGGGCACUCCUGCCAUGGGCUCACCGCUUUCUCUGGGCACUGCUGCAGCCACAAUGAGACAAGUGCCUGUCACUGCUACAGUGGUGGCGACACAACCAGGGAAGUUACCUGCAAGGAUCACAGUGCCUUUGUCCGUUCUUAGUCAGCCCCUGAAGAGCAAAAGUGUGGUUACUUCGCCAAUACUGAAAGGAAACAUCAGUACUAAUAUCAGUAAUCUUGGCCGGAAUAUUAUUCUGACCAGCAUGCCAGCAGGCACCAAGCUCAUUGCCGGGAAUAAGCCUGUCAGCUUUGUUACAGCUCAGCAGCUGCAGCAGCUACAGCAACAGGGCCAGGCCACACAGGUUCGCAUCCAGACUGUCCCAGCACAGCAACUGCAGCAGCACUCAGCAUCCGGCUCGCCUAAAUCUACAGUGUCCACUGUGGUGGUGUCCACUGCCCCCUCCGCAAAAACAACCCCUGACUCACAGUAAUAGCACCAGAGUCUUAACCACCACCAUUCUGUUUCAAACAGCUUUCAAACAGCUGAAAUAUUGGCAUACAUUUUACAAGGAGCUCUUGUUCAGCAUAGUAUAGAGGAUGCUGCUUCAAUGCUCCAUGUUGAGUGAGAAAGUAAAAAACUAUUACAAAUAGAAGUUUACCUUGAACCAUGACCCUUAUAAUAGAAAAGAGACCACCUGUUUUGUGAAUUUGAAAGUCAAAUUUUUUGUGUCUUAUGUCUGUAUAUAGAGCCAGUUUGUGUUUCCUGUUCACCAAAAAUAAAUGUUGAAUUUGGAGUCCAUCA